GGCGAGUUCCUGGAGAUGUCAGCGCAGCAGUGCACGCAGUGCGCUGCCGGCACCUACUCUCUGGGCAGCGGCAUCCGCUUCGACGAAUGGGACGACAUCCCGCCCGGCUUCACCAGCCUGGCCACGUACAUGGACAGCGGGCCCGCCGGGGAGGACGCGCUGACCUGCAGCAACUCCACCUGGGUGCCUCAGGGGAACUACCUGGAGUCCAACCGAGACGAGUGCACCGUGUCGCUGAUAUACGCCGUCCAUCUUAAGAAGCAGGGGGCCGUGUCCUUCGUGUAUCAGUAUGUGGACAACAACAUCUUCUUUGAGUUCUUCAUUCAGAAUGAUCAGUGUCAGGAGAUGGACCAGACGUCAGACCAGAAGUGGAUCAAACUGACCAAUAACGGGGAGUGGGGCACUCACACCGUUGACUUAAAGUCCGGGACUAACAUCCUGUACUGGAGGACAACUGGGAUUUUGCUCGGAACGAAAAUCGUCAAACCGGUGCUGCUGAAAAAUGUUCAAAUAGAAGGGGUGGCCUACACAUCAGAGUGUUUCCCCUGCAAGCCAGGGACCUUCAGCAGAACCCCGGGGUCCUCGUCGUGUGACCUGUGUCCCAGAAACACCUUCUCCGGCAAGGGGGCCAGCUCCUGCACUCACUGUGACAAGGACAAGCAGUACGCAGCCGAAGGCUCGGCGGAAUGCAAGGAGAAGCCGGCCUGCUCCAAGAAAGACUACUUCCAGAUCCACACACCCUGCGACAGCGAAGCCAAGACGCAGAUCAUGUACAAGUGGAUCGAGCCCAAGAUCUGCGUGGAGAACGUGACGGGGGCCGAAACGCUGCCACCGUCUGGCAGGCGGGAGCCCUGCCCCCCCUGCAACCCUGGCUUCUACAACAACGACACGGCCACCUGCACCCCUUGCCCCGCCGGCACCUACUCCGACGGGGUCAAAGCUUGUCAGAAGUGCCCGGCGGGAACGGAACCAGCGUUGGGCUACGAGUACAAGUGGUGGAACGUUCUUCCCGCCAACAUGAAGACCUCCUGCUUCAACGUGGGCAACACCAAGUGCGACGGGAUGAACGGUUGGGAAGUUGCUGGUGAUCACAUUCGCAGUGGGGCAGGGAGUUCGGACAACGAUUACCUCAUCCUAAACCUGCGCGUCCCCGGCUUCAAGCUCCCAACAUCCGUGUCCAGGACUACGGGCUCAGAGUUUGGGCGAAUCACCUUCAUCUUUGAAACCAUCUGUUCUGCAGACUGUGAGCUGUACUUCAUGAUGGAUGUCAACAGGAAGAGCACCAACGUGGUCGAGUCGUGGGAGGGCAGCAAGGGGAAGCAGUCCUACACCCACAUCAUGACCAAAAACGCCACCGUGUCCUACACCUGGGCUUUCCAGAGGACCAACCAGGCCGAGGACGUGAGACAGUACGUCAACGACAUCGUGAAGAUCUACUCCAUCACCGUGACCAACGCCCAGGACGGCGCGUCGUCGUCCUGUCGGGCCUGCGCCCUGCUGUCCCAGCGAGCGUCCUGCGUCCCCUGCCCCGCGGGACACUACAUCCAGAGGGACACCAACCAGUGCAUGGAGUGCCCGCCCGACACCUACCUCUCCGGGCACCAGAUCUACGGCAAGGAGUCCUGCCUGCCCUGCGGCCCUGGCAGCAGGAGCAACAAGGACCACUCCGUCUGCUUCAGCGACUGCUCCUUCUCCCACUCGGAUCAGAACCGCACCCUGACCUACGACUUCAGCCGCCUGAGCGCCGUGGGCUCCAUCAUGAACGGGCCCAGCUUUACCUCCAAGGGCACCAAGUACUACCACCUCUUCAACAUCAGCCUCUGUGGCCACGAGGGUCAAAGGGCAGCCGUUUGCACCGACAACGUGACGGACCUGUCCAACAAAGACCUGCAGGGAGACUCCAACGAGCUGGCCAACUACGUGGAGACCUUCGUCUGUCAAUCGACCAUCAUCCCGUCGGACGGGCGGGGCUUCAGGAUGGCGCUCUCCUCCCAGUCCAUCAGCCUGGCGGACACCUUCCUCGGAGCCACUGUGGAGAGCUCUCUCUCCGGCAUCAGCGUGAGACCCGACCUCUUCCCCGAAACGUCCAAGAAAGUACCGGACGUGAACUUCUUCUACCGGUCUCCGCAGGCGACGUCGUCGUGUGAGAAGGGGCGGAACGCCGUGAUCACGCUGCGGUGCAACCCAGCGAAACCUGCUCGCGGGGAACUGGGGGUCUCCAGCAAAUGCCCUGCUGGGACCUGCGACGGCUGCACCUUCAACUUCCUGUGGGAGAGCGCCAGCGCCUGUCCCCGCUGCACGGAGGCAGACUACCACGACAUUGAGGGCGCCUGCAAGGGCGGGGUCCAGGACACCCUGUACGUGUGGAACGAGCCGAAACUGUGCACCGAGGGGGCGUCUCUCCCCGGGAAGAAGACCUUGCCCUGUGAGACCAUCGAUUUCUGGUUGAAGGUGGGAGCUGGAAUCGGGGCCUUCGUGGCGGUCCUCCUUGUCUCCCUCACCUGCUAUUUCUGGAAGAAGAACAAAAAGUUGGAGUAUAAGUACUCGCGGCUGGUGAUGACGGCCAAUAAGGAGUGUGAGCUCCCAGGGGCCGACAGCUGUGCCAUCCUGGAGGGCGAGGACCAGGAGGAGGACGUGGCGUACGCCCAGAAGCCCUCCCUGCUGGGCAAACUGAAGUCCAUCGCCACUAAGGGAAACGGGGAGAGCUGCGAGUCCGUCCAGCUGAAGUCCUCCAAGCCGGAGAGGUGGGUGUGGGGAUAGAGGAGCCGUCUGGUGGGAGACGUCUUUCAGGAGGAUGGAGAGCGUCGCUGAGAGACCGCAACAAACAAAAACGAUGAAGCCACGCUGUCGACAACAUCUGGAAACGGCCCGACCAACAGGAACCUGUGGAGACCGCCACGCCGAGCGGCCUGACGCCCCGGAAGCAUUCAGGGACGGAUUCCGCCGAAAUAUUUGAGGACAAAAUGGCCAACGUGCAUUCCGGUGCCACUUUGAAAAUAGGCCAUUAUUUCCCGGUUUUUGGGUUGCAUUUCGAUUCUGUGUAAUGGCAGGGUAACUGCUCGCCUGUGGGUCCCUCCCCUUUCUAAAUCUCUGAGAGCCAGUCAAAGCCGGCGAUGGAAGAUUUCUGUUUGUCAUGUCCAAUGAUUGAAGGAGUGAGACCUGACCGUUUUUUUCCUUGUUGAACCGAAAGCAAUGCAACUGUGGAACUCUGCUAAACACGUGCUGUUUCCACGGUGAUUUCACAUACAAGCCAAGCCUAUGGACCCCUUCACGUCCAAUCAGGUAAAAUAUCGAUUUGAGACGCUGUGAUGGCGGCAUAUUUACACAUGCUGAUUUUGCUUAAUCUCUUACAUGUACAUUGAUUUCUGUGAGUGUCCUGGUUCCUGGGGUUUUAUCAUGUUAAAUCAUUGGUGCAGAACUGUGCUCAUAUCUGACAUUACACACUCAGGGCCGGACUUACCAUGACAUUUACCACACGCACACGCACACAUGACACCAAUAACACAACCGAUGAUUGGUGCAAAACAAAUACCGUGGGCAGUCAUUGGUCACGUUAGUGGUUUUUGCGUGUGCUAAAAAGUUUCGGUCUUAAUUCGGCCCAAAAUGUUGUCUUCAGGAACGGACCUGUGCUUUCAGUUCUGUGCCCAGCCUAUCCCUGUUGCCUAUACCACCUGUUUUACUCACUUCGUCUCUCCUACAGAAAAUACUUUACCGUCCUCCUGAGAAUGCGAUCCUGUCUGCUCAAAGAAUGUCAAUACAGUUACGCAUUUUAGGGAGAGUUAAACUUGCUUAAAAAAAACAAAACAUUCUACUAAUUUCUGACAACUAACCAGAAGAAAUGAAACGAUUUGCCUCUUUGCAUUUGUGGAGUAAUUCUUUACCGAUUUCCUCACGCUCAAUGUAGCUUCCUCCUGUGCCCUCCCCCGGCUCGACAUCCUGUUUCCCUGCUUUAGCUCCUGUGCCCCCCCCCGGCUCGACAUCCUGUUUCCCUGCUUUAGCUCCUGUGCCCUCCCCCGGCUCGACAUCCUGUUUCCCUGCUUUAGCUCCUGUGCACUCCCCCGGCUCGACAUCCUGUUUCCCUGCUUUAGCUCCUGUGCCCUCCCCCGGCUCGACAUCCUGUUUCCCUGCUCUAGCUCCUGUGCCCUCCCCCGGCUCGACAUCCUGUUUCCCUGCUUUAGCUCC